ACUGAUGACAGUUAAAGAUCUGCGUAAUCACACACACAGUCCUGAAAGUAUCACUGUUCAGUCUGUGGUAUGAUAGAGGUGACUAUUUUUGCAGAUUGUAACGACACAAGUAUCUGUGCCACGUCUUCAGAUAACGUCUGAUAAAAACCAGGACUCUAUUUAAGUCACUUUGGAUUUGCAGAAGACCGUUACUUUGGAUCGUCUGUCUGUGUCGACUGUUCACUAUGAUCCGUUUGGUUGCUCUCAGCGUUCUACUGUGCGUGGUGUCUGCGCAGGUUCCAAGACCAUGCGUAUCACCAAAGCAGUGGGAAGGGAGAGUGGUCACGACGGACAGAAAAGAAAACUUCUUCAGGAUUGGUAAAAUCAGUUACGAUGAAUACGCGCCCCGCUUCCGAAUCAUCGAGGAAGAACAAUUGGGAUCCCAGAAAGACUACUAUGAUGUUCUCUACCUCCACAACGUGGGCAAAGAAUACCGUCUUAAUCUGAAAACAAGGCAGUGUAAUGUGACAGCUUUAACACGCCCCUUCCGUCCUUUCGGAGUUCCUCCCAUGGCUAACUUCACUGGUGAAGCUACCGUCGGAGCUGCUGGUAUUCCUGGAGAGAAUGUUAUCAUCGAGAACUUUAAUGGGCAAUUCUCAGAUGGAGAUAAAUUCUUUGGUGAUGUCACAUACCCAGAUUGUAUCCCCGUAGCUAACGGAGUUUUCAGCGAGAAAUAUGGAUUUGUAAUGAAUUCAUUUUUUGAUAUCAACGUUGGAAUAUCAGAUCCCAUGGCUUUUGUCCCACCAAGGGAAUGCAUUGGAAGAUGAACUGAAAUACAAUUUAUCUCAUUUGUAUAACAUUUUAGUAUGUAUUUUUAAUAAAUUGAUAAAUCGUU